AUGAUGCGAUAUCCUCCCACUUCGGCGGCUCGCAGUACGAGAGGCUCUGAAUAUGUGCCGUCAUCCAGCAAACCUCCCUAUAACGUCGUCCUCAUAGGUUUACACAAGAGUGAGGGGUCUUCAAAGGACGAAAAGUCGCUCGCAGUGGGACCUUCAAAGGAUGAAGAGCCGCUCACUGUACGAACUGAGGCUCCUCCAACUCCUGAUAUUGCCGCUAAUAGUGCUUUCACCCGUGGACUCCAACAGAAUGUGAGAAUGUUUCCUGCAGUGGCCAACGUCAGUUCAAAGGGUAUUCACCCUGUUCUGAGAUAUGAUAUUCCAGGAGGAAAUUUGUGUUACACAUUCAUGUACCAGAGGACCAACGCUCGUUGCGAUGUCUACCUCUGUGCUGGUUGCAGAAAACUUGGCACUAGGGUGCCAGUACCGGUGCUGAAUGGUGAAUUCUUCACUAAAGAUCCAGGUCGCCUGCCGCACGUAUGCUCACCGUGGAAGUCCGUAGAGGACGAAGUGAAGCGAUUAAUAUACAAGGCAUGCCAAGAGGCUUGCGUUACACCUGAAUGUGCCGACAAAAAGCCUCGGCAAUUGUAUCAGGAAAUCGAUGACUACGUGGAUAUCCACUACAGCGAAGAUCCAAGUAGACGCGAAGAAAUGCUUAACUUCUUCCACCGUAAUGGAUAUAAGGCGCGGCGCACCACACUCGCAAGGUAG